CUGGUGGUGCCUUGCCAGCCAUCUAGGCAGCUGUGUUCUGGCCUCCGGAGGAAACUUUAGGAGAAGCCAAGGCAGAGAGACAUGUAUUCGGCCUCAUCUCUACCCCUCUGUACCCAGCAUUGAUCUGCCCUCCUCUGUUUCUCUGUUGCAGUAACGGCCUGGAUGCAGGAUGGUCUUGCCCCUUGGAGUUUACAGCUGGAAAGUGGGACAGCAGAGAAUCCUCUGGGGAAGAAUGUUUCUCACAGCCCUAGGAAAGGGAGAUCAGUGCUAGGUGGGAAAUGUGCGGAAGGGAUGUCGACGGGUCACCCAACACUAGGGUUCCUCCAGGAAGGAAGGCCUUCAUGGCUACGCUGACUUCACGCUCACUAGGUGCAGGCGUUGUUCCAGGCUGGGCUGCCGCUCCUCCUGCUAUGAUGCCUGGGCAGAUUCCAGACCCUUCCGUGACUGCGGGCUCUCUGCCGGGGCUCGGCCCCCUGACCGGACUCCCCAGCUCGGCCCUGACAGCGGAGGAGCUGAAGUACGCCGACAUCCGCAACAUUGGGGCCAUGAUCGCCCCUUUGCACUUUCUGGAGGUGAAACUGGGCAAGAGGCCCCAACCCGUGAAAAGUGAGGAAUCUGAGCGGCUGGAACUCAUGAAUGCGGAGCUGAAGACCCAGAUCGAGGAGCUGAAGCAGGAGCGACAGCAGCUCAUUCUGAUGCUGAACCGGCAUCGCCCCACCUGCAUCGUCCGGACGGACAGCGUCAAGACCCCCGAAUCAGAAGGGAACCCGCUGUUGGAGCAGCUAGAGAAGAAGUGACCAUGGGCUGGGAGAAGGAAGAGGAGGAAGAGGAGGAGGAGGAGGAGGAUUUGGGAAGAGGGGGGAGGACGAGGGGUCCCAGAGGGCCCUUCCUUGCUGCAUGACAAACUUUACAAUGAGGCUCAGCACAGCCAGCGCUGGCCGGGCUUUUUUGUGAAACUCACAUCAGCCACACAAGGGGAAGAACGGGCUGACGAAACCUAGAAGGACCAAGCGCUGAGACCAAAGUAGACCCACGGUGGGGCUGUCCUGCCUGGGGCCCAGCUGGAAGGAGGCAGGACAGAGGCCCCCGGCCAGAGAGACACCCAACCAAAUGGCCUCUCCACCAGGGCACCCGCCGAGGGACCUCGGAGCAGCCAGGAAAAGCCAUGAGUUGCAAACAAACAUGCGGCUGGGGAUGGAACUGAGUGGGACCACAGCCUGCCUGCCCCCAGCCCUGCCCCCCCCGACCCUGAUGCCAGGCUGGAGUGGGCGCCACGUGGGGCCCAGCCGUACCUGCCCCCGUGGGUCCAGCGCGGCCUUGCCCGGGAGCGGCAGCCGGGGCGCGCCCUCAACGGCCCCGCUGGAGUCUGCUGUGGGCACGAGGCGCGGGCGCCCUUCCAAAGCACAUACUCACUGAAUGUUUACAGACUGGCUGUCCUGGCAGGGCUUUUCAACUGCACAUGUUUUUUUAUACUUUCUUUUUUUUUUUUUUUUUAAUAUUUUUUACAAAAAAAAAAAGAUUUUAUACAAGCAAUAUAUAUAUGGAUUUCUAUAAUCACUCGAUGUGAUAUAGUAUAAAUAUGCUAUGGUUUGUUUGUUACGAACAGAUAUCCAGCAGUUAUGGCCGUCGUGUGUAACUCCUAAGUACUGUAGUAGUCUCUGGGUGUCGGGGUGGCAGGGGCGGGCAUGGGGUGCGUUUCCAUCCUGGUAAAUCCUUCACAGUACUCAGUCCUGUAUCGCUCAGUAAACGUUACUCUUACUUACUCAGCCGCCUCUUGUGGUGUCUGCCCAGGGAAGGGGGUGCGGCGGGCCUCCCGCUGUGCGGUGUCCGAGGAUGUUUCGAGCAUCGGCUGGCGGCUCUUGGUUUUCACGACAGCCCUCCCAGGUGAGUGUUUAUAUGCCCAUUUUACAGAUGAGGAAGUUCAGGCUCGGAGGGGUUCAAGAAGUCCGCGGUACUCCCUUCGUUCACUCACUCACUCACUCCCCAAGUGGAUUGAGUGCCCAUCCUGCGUGCGCCAGGCGCUCUACCAGGCGCCGAGUGGUCACCAGGCAUAAAACAAAUCUAGGUAGGCCCUGUGCUCGUGGAGCUAACAGUCAUGUGUUAAAUCCUUGCAGCCCCCAUUCGUUGACCUCCUAUGUGACAAGCACGUAUAGUUUCAUUCACUCUUGACAGCGUGAAGUAGGCGUCUUUACCCCCAUUGUAUAAACGACUUAACUGAGGCUCAGAGAGGGUAAGUGGCUUGUCCAAGAUUACCCAGCUAGGGAGGGGCAGAGCUGGCAUUUAAACUUGGCCUCCAAGAGCCUUGACUCUCCACCCGUCGCCAGCUUGCUGUGUGAUUGUUGAUUAUCGGCUGGGGUUGGAUGUCUCAUCUGAUUAGAAGAGGGAGCCUGUGGGGCCAUGGGUAACAUUUAGUUCCAGGGGGGCCUGGCUAGAGUUCCAGGCUGUGCUGUGAUCCCGGAGCAGACCAGUGAUCCCGGCAGAUGCGGGCUUGACCCAGCAGAGAGGGUGUGGCUAACUCGACUUGCCCUCACCUGCACGGCUGAGCACUGAACCCACGCAGCAGGAACAGCUCAGUGUGAUACACCAUAACUGCCAUUUAUGUGGAACACAGCAUGUCCCAGGUCCUUUGGUGCACGCCGUCUCACUUGGUAUUACAGCUCUAUGAGAUGGGUGGGGCAGGUGUUCUUAGCUCCACCACAGAGCCGUGCAAGCCGAGGCUUCUGAAGAUUCAAGUUCACCUAGCAAAACGGAGGCGCAACUAGGAACUGAACGCUGUUCUGCCUUCUAAUCUUGUGGCCUCUGUCCCAUCACUGGGGCUAAAUCACUAGUUGUCGAUGAUGAGACUUCGGGUCAAGGACAGCAGUGACCUUGGGUUGCUUCCCAAACCGUGGACGAGGACUGCUGAAACGGACAGAAAUGAGAACAGGUCACGGACACGACUUUGGCCCCUUACCUACCCAUCUCAGGUCCCCUCCACCCGACACGCUUGGUGUGGACCCCCUGAGCUCUGCCCCAGAAGCAGGGAUGGUCGGCUCAUAGGCAGCCAUGGCAGCACACGGUAAACCCUCGGGCCAUAAUCCUUUGAUAUUUUUCAAGCCAAGAGAAAACAGAGACGUGGGCUUCCAAGGGCCCCUCAAAUGACCCCGCAGCCUCCCUGCAGGACAACCACAUGCCACUGGCCACGGUGCCUUUGGUCCUGUGCUUGGGUGCCGCGAGCCUAUACCUCCAGAAGAGUCCUCCUUAGCCUCUGCGGAUGGGCUGUCUCCCAGAAUCAGUGACUUGUGCUGUGCUGAGCCUGCCCUUGGAGUUUCUUCUUCGGGACCACUGCUACCUCCUGUGGGCAGCAAGAAGUCACCAUCACAGCCUUCCUCGUGACAGCUAACGUUUGCAUGUUUUCUUUGUGCCUGGCACUUCAGACGUGUGGCUGCGGCCAGUCCAUAUGACCUUGCCAGGAGGUAGGUGCCACCAUCCCCAUGGUAUAGACAAGAAAACUGAGGCACCAAGAAGAUGUAACUUGCCCAAGGCCACAGUCCAGUAGGGUGUCAGGGCCAAGAUGUUGGCUGGGCCUCCCCCUGAGGGGAAAUGCUCCGUGUUUGUGGUGUGGCUUUAGUCGCCAGAACUCGUGCAGGGGCUGGACGAGACGGCACACAAUGAGUAUCCCUAAGCCCCAGACACCCGGCUCCAAGUGUACAUACAGAAGACAUACUCAGAAGGCAAACAGGUUCAAGAUUCAAUCUUCUACUGCCUAGCCAGGAGCCGGUUUGCGUUCUGGCCUUGUAUUCAGUUCCCAUAGGGACGAAUGCUGGAAUCCGAGGUUCCUAGGUUCAUUAGGCUUCUGCAUGGCCACAGUCAUCUAUGUUGGGUUCAGCAUCCCCUCCCUGGGGCUCCCUAUGCCUUUCUGCCAGGGGGUCACAAGGAAGGCCUGCGCCACCUCUGCCCCAGGGUGGCUAUGAGCAUCCGCUGUGCAACCUACCAGAAGAACAAGACCCAUUUGCAAUCAGAUGGGCAGAAACUAGUACGCGUUGGUCAGGACACAAAGGGAACUUGCAUUUGCCACUAGUGGGAAAUCAGUGUGACUCCUGUGUAAGGCAAUUUGGCAAUUACCGGUGAUUCUAAGGCUGAACACAUGCUUGGACCCAGCAGUUUCCCUCCUAAGUAUACACCUUGGAGGGACUCUUGCACAGGGGCCCAAAGAAAUGGACCAGAAUGUUCACUGCAUCUCUGUUGGUAAUAAAGAGAAACUGGAAACAACCUAAAUACUUAUGACCAGAAAAGCAGAUGAACAGAAAUGUAUGUUUAGGAAAUCAAAUAUUAUUCAGCAGCUUCAAAGAAUGAACCAGGACUACAAGUACUGCUGUGGAUAAAUCUCAGGAACGCGGUGCUGAGCUGGAGGAGAGGAGGGCAAGUUGCAGAAGGAUAUAUGCAGUGUACCAUUUAUAGAAUCUUUCUUGAUAUGUGAGCUGAUAUUUUAGUGUUUACGGGUAUGCACAGAAUUGGAUAAUAGAGGUAUCAAAGCCUGCACAGGACUGCUAUCAAAAUCAAAUAUCAAAAUCAGUAAUGGGGAAAGCUCCUGGGGAUGGGGGGAGGGGGGGGGAAGGGGGUCGAAGGCAGCAUCUGCAAGGCUAAGAAGGACAUUGGGUUUCAACUGUAUGUGUAACAUUUCGUUUCCUUUUAAAAAUCCGAAUCCAGUGUGGAAGAACGAUGUUGCAAUUUGCCAGAGGUGGGUGAUACGCCUCACGCUCUUCUGUAUGUUUGUUAUAUUUCAUAAUAAAAAAAGAACAAGCCACAGCACAAA